AUGAUUUGCAAAGUGAAAAUAUUGCUUGCUGGUAAAUUGUUGGCUGAUGUUGCCUCACAGAAGCGGGAUAUUUAUUUUCUAGUAAGAUUUUCUUUAUCGACGGCGAAAGAAAAACUUGUUUUAAUAGACAUAAUUCCUCAUCUCUCUCUCUCUCUCUCUCUCUCUCUCUCGCUCUCUCUCUCGUUCAGUCUGUAUUUCUGUCUGUUUUUCUCUCUCUUUCAAUCUGUCCCUUUCUUUUUUUUUCUCUUUCUCAGUCUGUCUCUGUCUGUUUUACUCUCUCUGUCAGUCUGUCUCUUUGUCUCUUUGUCUCUCUCUCAGUUUGUAUCUCUCCCUUCUCUUUCAGUUUGUCUCUUUCAGUCUGUCCCUUUCUUUUUUUCUCUCUUUCUCAGUCUGUCUCUGUCUGUUUUACUCUCUCUGUUAGUCUGUCUCUUUGUCUCUUUGUCUCUCUCUCUCUCUCUCAGUUUGUAUCUCUCCCUCAAUCUCUUUCUGCUUUUCGAUCUCUUUCAGUCUGUCUUUCAGUUUAUCUCUCAAUCUCUCUGUCAGUCUGUCUCUUUGUCUCUUUCUCUCUGUCUCUUUGUCUCUUUCUCUCUGUCUCUCUGUCUCUCUCUUUCUCUCUCUAUGGCUACAUUGGACGGAUGA